AUGUCACUCUUUCAGGGGCUCUUUACCAGCGCUGCUGGACAAGCAAGCAACUUGUUUAGCGAGCAGAACCUCUUCAGGAGGCAGGGGAAGGAAGGAGAUGCUGCCAAUAAGCUAAACAUAGCAUCAGCAGAUACAACCAGUAAGAAAAAGCGGAAAUCCACGAAGGAUCAAGCGACGGCCGUUCCCAUAGCCAGCAAUGAGAUCUCUGAGCAGCCGGUGAAGAAGAAGCUUAAAAAGGAGAAGGCAUCAAAGCACCUCGACACAUCUGAGGCCGCGCCUGCAGUAGCAGCAGAAGUCAGGCCUUCUGGGCAAGCGGGGUCCAGCAAUGUCCCUGCCGCUGUCAAGCCGAAGAAACAGCAGCGGCUUAAGACAGAUAAGAAGGUGGCUCAGGCAGCAACAGGCAGCAUUCCUCCAGCCAAUGGCAAGAAAAAGCCCACAGACCCCCACAGCAAGCCAGAGAAGGCUUCAGCAAGUGGUGUUGCAAAAGCAUUUGCUGGAGCAGCAACGGAAGGGAGCAAGCGGGCAAAAAAAAUGGUGGCUGCCUCCGAUGACGCAGUGGCGCAUGAUGACAACGACGAGGAGCAUGAGUCAAAAUCUGAUGACGAGGAGACGACCAUCGCAGGCGGCACGAAAGAGCCUGGGGCAAAAGAGGGAGGUGAGUCAGCGCCAGCAAAGCAGCGAAGGACGGAGGAAGAGAAGGCUGAGAGGCUGCGGCGGACGGUGUUCGUGGGCAACCUCCCCGUCAAGGUCAAGGUCAAGCUCAUCAAGCAGACCUUCUCCCAGUACGGUACAGUGGAGUCUGUGCGGCUGCGUUCCCUCCCACUGAAAGAGGACACGAAGCUCCCCCGGCACGCGGCCGUCGCCGCCGGAGCCGUCGACGAGUCGCGCGGAUCCGCCAAUGCCUAUGUGGUCUUCAGCAGCGGCGGUUCUGCAUCCCACGCGCUGGCUCACAACAUGCGCGAGUUUGAGGGGCGCCACAUCCGGGUGGACAGGGCGGCGGCCGUCAGCAAGGGCACCGCCGGAGGUGGCACGCAGGUACUCUAUGAGAGCGCGCGCUCCGUCUUUGUCGGCAACCUCCCCUUUGACACCCAGGACGAGGAGCUGAUAGAGCUGUUUGGGGACGGCAAGGGCGGUCCAGGCAACGUGACAGCGGUGCGCAUAGUGCGCGACCCCAAAACCAGCGUAGGCAAGGGAAUUGCGUUUGUGGAGUUCUCCGGCCGCCCGGCCGCGCGCAUGGCCAUGUCGGCCGAUGGCCGCGUGCUCCGUGGCCGCCAGAUCCGCGUCGCGCGCGUCGCAAAAACCGGCGCGGCGGCUGCCGCGGCCGCCGAGGCGGCCACACCCGGUGGUUCCCGGCUGCGCACGCCGUUCAGCCGAGGUGUGAAGGCGGGAAAGAUGACAACCAGCGCGCCGAGGAAGGACAACAAAUCAGGCAAGGGAGAGGGAACGCCGCGAGCAGGCGGCCCGGCGGCGUGGCAGGGCAUGCGGACGAAGGGGCAGAAAAAGGUUGUCAGAGGGUUUGCUGCAAAGGAGAGGGACGCCCCAAGCGCUGCGCCUGGGGGUGGAAAGAAGGGUGGAGAUGGCAACGGUGCGGAGGGAAAGCUCAAGGGGAAGCGCCCUUCUGUCGCUGCCAGGAAGGACAAGUUGCUUUCUACAAAGAAGCAGAAGAGGACGUGA